AUGGGCGCCAAGGCAAGUCGUCUCGAGGGCAGCGCGAGGUCCGGCGAAGCGGGCGCGUACGACAGCAAGUACCCUGCCGUGUCGUUCACGGCGCACGGGCUCGCGACACCAAACGAAGUGCACCACUACCUCCCGGCGAAUUUGCCCGUGUUUCCCGUCAUCAACGCCACGUACUUGGUCGACUGCACCAAGUCGUGGAAGGACAUUUGCAUGGCCAACACGGACCGCAUGAAGGAGUACGACAAGCAGGGCAUUCUGCUUUUCCAGGACGAGUUCUUCCAUCGCCUCUUCCAGCGCGACGCGAGUAUGGAGGUCGUCUUCCCGUCCGUCAAGAAACGCGCCGAGGUACUCAUCGCAGCCAUGACGUUCAUGCUCCAGGGCACGACCGAGAGCAAUGAGCGCAUGAUCAACCGGUGCCGCCAUCUCGGCCACGCGCAUCGCGUGUUCCCUAAUGUGCGGCCGCACCACUUUGCCCACGCCAACAUUGGCGAAGCGUGGAGCAACCUCAUCGGCUUCUACCUCAAGCACAUCCUCCAAGCGUACCUCUAUGACAUUGUCGACGAGACCGAGUUUGCCCAAAACAUUAGCCAUCGGCCGACGCCUGCGACGCAGUAA